UUAAAUUGAAAAUUGAAAAAUCGUUGCUUUCGAUAUAACAAAGAGGGAAUUUGGUGAAUUAGAUCUGAGAGAUAAAGAAGAAGAAAACCCCAAUCAUCAUCAUCAUCAUCAUCUUCUUCUUCUUCUUCUUCGUCUUCAAGCGUCAGCUCUCAUAGCCAUGGCGGCCAUGGAUUUAUUUUCCUCCUCCAUGUUUAUUCUCAUCAUCUUCCUCUUACCCUUUUCUUCUUUUGCCGAGAUUCGUUUCACCGAGAUCAGAAAUGACAAUCGACCCAUCAUUCCCUUCGAUGUCUUCGGUUUCAGCCAUGGCGGUCGUCUCGAGCUCAACGUCACACAUCUCACACUCUCCGAUUCCAACCCAGAUCUCGAUCUUUCCAAGGUCGGAUUUUUCCUUUGUACUCGAGAAUCAUGGCUUCAUGUGAUCCAACAAUUGGAAGAAGGUGAUAUCUCUUGCGCUCUUCAAUCUGACCUUGUCAAACCCGUUUACACCUUUGAUUCCCUUAAGAAACAAGACCGAUUCGGUGUUCUUUAUUCCGAGACUGAUGCUGAUCAAUACACUCUCGUUUUUGCUAACUGUCUUCAACAAUUCAAGGUUUCUAUGGAUGUUCAAUCCGCUAUGUACAAUCUUGAAGGCAAAAACGCUCGACGUGAUUAUCUAUCUGCUGGGAAAACCAUCCUUCCGAGGAUUUACUUCGUUUUCUCUUUGAUUUAUUUCUCGCUUGCUGUUGUUUGGAUUCAUGUUCUUUACAAAAAGCGAUUGACGGUUUAUGGUAUUCAUUUCUUUAUGCUUGCUGUUGUGAUCUUGAAGGCUUUGAAUCUUCUCUGUGAAGCUGAGGAUAAAUCUUAUAUUAAGCGUACUGGGAGUGCCCAUGGUUGGGAUGUUCUGUUCUACAUUUUUAGUUUCUUAAAGGGUAUCACUUUGUUCACUUUGAUCGUCUUGAUUGGCACUGGUUGGUCUUUCUUGAAACCUUAUUUGCAGGACAAGGAGAAGAAGGUUUUGAUGAUUGUGAUUCCAUUACAAGUGGUGGCUAAUAUUGCUCAGGUUGUGAUUGAUGAAACUGGGCCAUUUGAACAAGAAUGGGUUACAUGGAAACAGGUGUUCUUGCUUGUUGAUGUGAUUUGUUGCUGUGCUGUUUUGUUCCCCAUUGUUUGGUCAAUCAAGAACUUGCGCGAAGCUGCACGAACCGAUGGAAAAGCAGCUGUGAAUUUGAUGAAAUUGACCCUUUUUAGACAGUAUUACAUUGUGGUUAUAUGCUAUAUCUACUUCACUCGAGUUGUAGUUUAUGCACUUGAGACGAUUACUUCGUAUCGGUAUCUAUGGACGAGUGUCGUGGCUGGGGAAUUGGCAACACUUGCAUUCUAUGUAUUUACUGGUUAUAAGUUCAAGCCUGAGGCUCAUAAUCCUUAUUUUGUAGUUGAUGAUGAGGAGGAAGAAGCAGCUGCUGAAGCAUUGAAGCUUGAAGAUGAAUUUGAAUUAUAAUGAAGAAGAAGAGGGUGAUAUGCUUUGAUGCAAUGUUGUUCUCUUCUGAUUUGUGAGUUUUAAGGUAGAAAAAAAAAAUCUCAUUCUCAGUUUAAAGUAUAUGUUGUUUUUUUUGUCUAAUCUGGGAAUUACAGGCAUGUUAUGUUGUUUUCUUGAUAUAUGUUUUCUUUUUUUGUAUUUUCACCUCUCUUUAAGUCUGUAGAAUAACAUAUAUCAAUGUCUGUGAUUUUGGAUAUUGUGUACACAUACUGACCAUCAAGCAUAGUUUGUAUCUUUCAUGAGCAA